AAAACAUUCCCUUAAAUCAACAUUUAAAACAAAGCAAGAAGAUAUUAUUUUUCAGUGUUUGAUUUGCCUUGUAAAACGACGGACAUCCAGAUUUUUCGAAUCGAAUUCAACCGAAUAACGGAUCAAAUCGGAUCUAACGAAUAUUUUGCCCAGCGCAAGAGUAAACAUCAUAUAUUCAGCAAUUACAAAUUUAAUGCGAAGAUCUCUCUCCCUCUCUCUCUGUAAUCAAUGUCAACACUAAUAUCUUGGAAGACAAGCCAUUUCUUAGAACCUUCUAGAUUUUACCUAUGCAGACAUUUUCUUCCGCCGCCGCUCUCACCUCCAUCCUCCGUCGUACAACGAUCUAUCACGGCGGAUUUGGAACUGGUCUCCGAAUCCGCCGCAGCUUUUAUUUUCUCUCAGCGAUACGACAAGAGAACCCUAAUGUCACUAAAAAUCCCCACCCGAACAAGACUAUUCUCAGAUCCUUCUUAGCUCCGGUUCUCCCGUUAGACGAAAAACCUAACCUCGUUGAGCUUCAAGCCAUCGGUACAAUCGCCACCGCUCUAGCUGACUACAUGCGCGUCAUUGUUCAAGAUGUACCUGAGAGUGAUAAUGGAGAGGAUGAUAAGAUUGGCGUUGAGUUGCUUUGUGUGGUGAGAAAGUUACUGAAGAAGAUAGGUAGGACUGUUCUUGUUGGUGAUAAAGUUCUCGUUGAUAAAGUUGAUUGGGUUGAUCGGAGAGCUAAGAUUAUCAAUGUGUUUGAUCGAGUCUCGGAGGUUUUGGAUCCACCGGUUGCGAAUGUUGAUCACUUAGUGAUUCUGUUUUCUCUUGAUCAACCUAAGAUUGAUCCAUUUACACUUACUAGGUUCUUGGUGGAAGCUGAAUCUAUUGGAAUUCGAAUCACAGUUGCUUUGAACAAAUGUGAACUCGUCACUCAAGAGGAAGUGGAAUCUUGGAAGAUAAGAUUGCGUAGUUGGAACUAUGAACCAUUGUUCUGUAGUGUGGGAACUAAAGUCGGAAUUGAUGAGAUUGCGUUUAACCUGCGAAAUCAGACUUCUGUCAUUGUUGGACCUAGUGGUGUUGGAAAGUCCAGCUUAAUCAAUAUAUUGAGAAGUAGCUACGGUGGUGACAUUAAACACGAAGAAGUGUUUAAGCCUGUAAGUUUUUUUUUGUCCUACUUCAUUCUAUAGCUAAACCUUUUGUUUUUUACCAUAUCCUCAUGACAAUGUAUAAAGGCCAAAACAAGAAGAAUAAAAAAAAGUGGUUUGAAGAUCAGAGUGUAGGGGAAGUUUCACAUAGAAAUGGAAGAGGUAAACAUACAACCCGAAAUGUAACGCUACUUCCUCUUUGUGGAGGUGGAUACCUUGCUGAUACUCCUGGCUUUAACAAGCAUAAGUUGCUGAAAGUAACAAAGCAAAAACUUCCCUUGUGUUUUCCUGAGAUACGGAAAAUGGUCGAGGGAGGAAAAUGUAAAUACAAGGAUUGCUCGCAUUUAGGGGUACAAGGCUGUGCUGUGACAGGUGGUUGGGAAAGGUAUGAUUACUUUUUACAACUGCUUGAUGAGAUCAAAAUCGAUGAGGAGUGUCAACUUAAGAAGUAUGGAACCAAAAGGGAAGGUGGUGUUAGUUGCCACAUGGGAGAGAAGGGUGUGGAACAAGCUAAACCACGGAUAGAUCCCAAGAAGUAUAGGAGAGAAUCGAGGAAGACGAUGAAAGAUGAAAGAGCUAUAUUAAGACAGCAUAGAGAACAAUUAACCUAAUGAGCAGUUGAGAAUGAGAGUAAGGGACGAUGAGAAAUUCACCAAAGAGGCAAAGACAAUGUUAACUAAUGUUUUCCACAUAGAAUUCUAAGUCAUAUAAUAUGUAACCUGUUGUACAUAUGUCUUUUGUUCUCAGUUCUUUUCUGUUCAUCAACCAUAUUUGGUAAUCAAGUUAUCAAGGAAAGUGGAAACCCAGUA